CGACGUCGUCUCGCAGCCGCUCUGGCUCGGGCGUGGCCCUGCCGAGGGACCCACCGGGCGGGCUGCUCGGGCGUGGCAUCGGGGCCCGGAGCGGCCGGCGUGGGGCCCCGCGGCGCGCGGGGGAUGGGCGAGGUGCUGAGCGCCAUCGGGUGCUCGGGCCGGCCGGUCUACACGGAGGCGGCCACCUGCCCCCGCACUUCGUGCGGCACGCCCGCGGCGCGCAGGGCCCCCUCGGCGAGGCCCCUGCCGACGCGGAGCCGUCGCUGGGGCGCGAGGGGGCGCGGCAAGCCGGGGCCAUGCGCCGCGGUUGGCUGAAAGAGGAGGGCCUGGACGUGGACUUCGGCGGCGACCUGCCGCCCAGGUGUGAGGAUGCAAUCCCUGAGAGAGGAGAUCAGCAUCGGCGCGGGAAAUCCGUGGUCGAGAGUCGGCCCAAACCAGCACCAUCCCGCCUAUCUGGGCACGGUCCCGCGCAAUCCCUUCUCGCUCGGAGCUCUCGUGUUUUUAUCCUGGGCUCAAUCUUGGCUUGUCCAGCAUUGUGGCCCCCCCCCAAUCGGGCCCACGGCCCGUGACCGCUCUCGCGCAGACCUCCGGGGAGCUGCCUCCCCACAGGUGGCACGUGGUCUCCUCGGACACGGCGCUGUGCAUGGACACCGCGCGGAGCCUGCUGCGGCUCGACGCGCUGUCCGUGACUCCGGUGCCCUUCCUGCGCUCGGGACUGCCGGCGGCCGCGCGUGCCCUGGACGUGGACUUCCCGUGCGACGGGGGCGGCGACGCCGAGUCCGGCGUGCGGGAGUACGGCGUGCAGGCGCUGUGCGAGAUCCUCGGGACCAUGCAGCACCUGGCGGAGAUCCGGCAGCUGAAGGCCACGGAGGUUCUGCUGGACACGGAGCAGGGCGAGUGCACGGCCCUUAAGGUGUCCCAGGUCGAGGUCAGCUACCUCGGCGGCUCGGGGGGCAUCCAGGGUAUCAGUGCGGCCGCCAUGGAGGUCGACCUCCUGAGAUCGACUCUGCAAUCCUGUGCGUUGAGUACAACGUACUCCGCACCUUGCUCUGAGCAUAUGCUGUACCCACUUGGCAUAGCGUUCUUCUUCUUCUGGUCGGUGUAUCCAGGGGACAAGCUCGGUUCGCUGAGCAACGUAUGUACGCUACACCUUGAUGUGACCGUGCUCGUACUGGUAUUUGCGAGGGGCGGGCUAGUCAAGAGGAGGCUGCCGCAGGCGUUCAGCGUCCUUCUUCGUGGCUCCGUACUCCUGCCAGUGUUGGUGAAUCUCACUCGCAACCUUUUGCUGUAUUGCGGUCGUCUGCACAACAUUUCCCUGGCUGCGGUCAAUCUGCACACCGAGGAUCGCGACCUCUUCUGGCUGUAUCUGACGCGCCACGAUGGCGCUGCAUUGGCUGUACUCGGCCUCGGCGGGGGCCGUCCCGUCAACACCACGAUGGAGGUGCACAGCUACGUUGACGACGCCAUGACGACCCGGGUGGGCAGGAACUGUUUGGAGUCGCAGCCGUUCCGAAGAGGUAUCUCUCGACUUCUUUUGGACCUGCUUCUGAAGGGGCUGCUGCUGCGGCUUCUUAUGCGGCAGCGCAUGCACGACAUGCAGGUCUACCUCGACGCGCUCCUCGGCGCGGGCAACGGAGUGGCCACGCACGUCAUUGUCAAGAGGUUUCUCGGCGUCGGGGGCGACGGCGCGGAGGUCGAGGCGCCGAGCGCGCUGGAGGCGACUGUCACUGGGUCCCGCCCCGCCGCCCCGCAGCACCACAUGCUCGACGGCGGACGAGGCGCCUCCGGCUGGCCUCUCGCCGCGAGCGCGGCCGCUGGGGCGGCGUCGGAUGAGGGAGCAGCCUGGCGCGCCGCCAACUCGCAGCAGCCUCCGCACCUGCAUUAUGGGCACUCACAGCUGCAGCACCAGCAGCAGUGGGCGCAACACCAGCAGCAUCAGUGGCCGCAGCAGCCGCUGGACCUGCGGUCGCUGGAGCAGGCGGCUUGGACGCAGCCGCAGCCCGCGCAGGCCGCUGCAGCCAGCGCCUCCCGCGGGCCAGCGCGGCAAGCCCCGCAGCAGCUGCCAGGGCCCAUGCCGCCGCGACCGCUGGAGUCGCCGCUGGCCGCGGGGCUGAUGCAGCAGCAGGCGGCGGCCCCGCCAGCCCGCUCCCCGAGCUCGCCGUCGAGCACGGGGCGGACC